GGAGUGACAGCGGCGGCCGCGGCGGCGGUGAGCGCGCUGGGCACCCUCCUCCGCGGCCGCUCCUCGGCGGGGAGCCGGCCCCCCGCGCCCUCCGCGUCCUGCUCCACCGCCGCCGCUAUGAAGCCGUGCGAGGAGGAGGAGGAGGACGGCGGGGCCGCGGCUGCCGGCGGUGGCGGGGAUCCCUGGCAGGAGUGCGUGGAGGUGGCGGUGCAGCUGGCGCGCCGCGCCGGGCAGAUUGUUAGGAAAGCUCUAACAGAGGAGAAACAAGUGUCCACAAAGACGUCUGCAGCAGAUCUUGUGACAGAAACUGAUCAUUUUGUGGAAAAUCUAAUUAUUUCUGUUCUGAAGGAGAAGUUUCCCUCCCACAGGUUUAUUGCAGAAGAAUCCACUGCUGCUGGUUCAAAAUGUGUCCUCACUGACAGUCCAACCUGGAUUAUUGACCCUGUUGAUGGAACGUGCAACUUUGUGCACAGAUUUCCAACAGUGGCAGUGAGCAUCGGAUUUGCUGUUAACAAAGAGCUUGAAUUUGGUGUAAUUUACCACUGCACUGAAGAACGAUUAUACACUGGUAGAAGAGGUCAAGGGGCAUUUUGUAAUGACAAAAGGCUUCAGGUAUCAAAAGAGACAGAUAUCUCGAAGGCCUUAAUUUUAACAGAAAUUGGUCCAAAACGUGACCCUGCAACUUUGAAACUGUUCCUUGGUAACAUUGAGAGGUUGCUGAAGGCCCAAGCACAUGGGGUCCGUGUCAUUGGGAGCUCAACCCUGGCUCUGUGCCAUCUGGCAUCCGGCGCUGCAGAUGCCUAUUACCAGUUUGGGUUGCACUGCUGGGACAUGGCAGCGGCCACUGUCAUUAUCAGAGAGGCAGGAGGCACUGUGAUAGACACUUCAGGGGGACCUCUGGAUCUUAUGUCCUGCCGAGUGGUGGCUGCAGGCACCAGAGAGAUGGCUAUGUUCAUAGCUCAGGAAUUACAAACUAUUCACUACAGACGGGACGACGAGGAUUGAAGUCCUCACAGGACAGAGCCUGCCCUCCCGAACUGCGGCAAGAUGGGUGGCUCAGAGGCUGUGCAACGGCUGCAGGAUGCUUUCCAUGGAGAUUUUUUUCUGUGUCAAAUAUUUUUUAUAAAUUUAUUACAAGGUGGGAAGAGUCAUAGGGAGAUUUUUAAACCUCUUGAGAGCCGUGGUCCCUUUUUACUCUAUAUCUCUUUCAGCAGUACCUCUUUUUAUGAGAUAGCAUAUUUUACUUGUAGUAAAUUAGUCUCGAGAUUAAGUGGUAAUUUCCUAUCCGUGGGGCUGAUAUUUAGUCUUUUUUUGUAACAUGCAGCUAAGAAAAAAGAUUAAAAAAAAGGAACUUUAUUUUUACAGAUGCAGAUCUCAGGUAAAUGAGCUUUAGGACUGUAGUAAGGAUGAGUAGUUAAGAUGUGUGCCUAUAAUACCCUUGUUCUAUGAUACUUCAGAAUGCAAUAAACCUGACUUUGUUGUUUCCUAACCAUGCCAUAGCUAUACAUCCCUGUAUAUGUCUGGAUACAUAGAGGUAUGUCUGUGUGUGUUACACCUCUGCAUCUCUAUGCCUGUAUACACACACACAGACCCACGUGUGUCUCUCUCUCUAUAUGGGUAUCCUGGGUGUUUACAGCAAUUUAGAAGGAAAAGCUGAUAUUGGAAGUUAUUUUCAGGUGAGGAGUAAAGGUUAUGUAGGUGAUUUUGGUGGGGGCUGUGCCAAAGGCAAAUAACAGAGCUGAGGGUGGAAAAUGGUUAAUGAUUUGACACACAGCCCAGCUAGUUCUUGUCUCCCUUCAUCCCCUCUGCCUGGGGACAAACUGUACAGUCCUCCAGGCUUCUGUAAGAUACUCAAACCUGCAAACACUUACUACCAUAGAGUAACUGUAGUUGAAAAAUAGGAAUAUUGAAGUCCACUGAGCUAUUCACAGUAUUAACUAUGAGACGUGGUAGGAGGCUGGCGGAACAGAGCAUAGUGUCAAGGAGCUGUGGAUUUUUGAGCAGAGCAGCAGGACUUGGCCCCUUCCAGACAAGUUACUAAAAACGUGCACAUAAGAUAUGAGUGCAAAAGCUGUAAAUCACAUCCCCUUCUCACACAAAGGUGUAAUCACACUUUCUGACCAGAGGAACUGGUAGCACACAUUUCCUCAACUAGCAGUUGUUCUCUCUCUUUGUAUCUAGCACUGGGUUUAAUUCCACCAAAGUAACCAUUGCCAUUUAGAUUAUUGUCUAAAUCAUAAGCACAGGAAAAAUGCAAGUGUGGCCAGGAAAGUAACUGAGAUGAAAUCACUUCUAUUUUUUAACUUGAAAAGAAAGAACUAAAAGGUAUAUCUUUUCUCUUUUUUUCUUCUUGGCAAGGGUGCAAAUUAAAGGAAUGAGCCAAAAAAAAAAAGGAAGUUGGGUACAAAGUUUUAACUUUCUUUAAACACUGCAUAUGUAGACUUUGUGAACUUGUUCAGAUAUCUGCUUAGAACAAGCUACAUAUUUUUUUAAAAGCAACCUUAUGUGUGUUUCUUGCAAUGAAAAGUGUUUUUCACUGAAUGGAACCUAAAAUUCUGUGUGAUUUCUUGAUGCUCUUUUUUUUCAUGAAAAAUACAAAGUAUUGACUGUGUGAAGAAUGCCUACAUCCAACCAAAUGUUUAAGAACUGAUGGUUCUUAGCAGAAAAACCAACACUGUCCAUCACAGCGAUCCAUGUUUUGUCACUGCUCCCUUUAACCCCACCCCCCAUCUCCUGGUACCCCCAUUUUGGAAGCUGAGAUUGUGAGCCCUGUGGGGCAAGGACUAAAGUACUUUGGCUCUGGGUUUGUACAGUGCUAAUCCUGGUCCACCAUUAGGCACUGAGGUGCUAUAAUAAUACAAAUAAUAAGUACUAA